AUGCCAAAUAUGCGACGGCAGUUUCACAGUUGCGAGGCUUGUCGAAAGAGCCAUCUGGGAUGUGACGCACGACAACGCGACCGUGGACGGCCCUGCUUCAACUGCGCCCGUCGGAGGAAAGAAUGCAUUGUCAAGUGGGAAAAGGUCCCACUGAAGGGCACCGAUAAGAAUACGUCAUGUUUACAAGAGCCUCCAACUAUACCAUUAUCCCAAGCUACACAGGUUGCAAAUCGACGACAAGAAGGGGAGGUUCUAGACUCAGCCUUAUUGAAGACGUUUUCAAAAGGAUCCAUCAUCACCCUGGCGCUCUCAUUAGACAACCAUAGCUCAAUUGAAAAGAAGAAGAUAUCUAAACUGUCCUCGUUCGGUAAUACGUCCAAUAGCAGAGCCUUAACUGCCGCGGUGCGCGCAUUCGCGUUCAAGUUUUUUAUUGCUGGCGGACACUCCACCAGAGGCCCCAACAGCGCCCAGUCACAAGCCUGUCAUACCUUUAUCUGGGCCGAGGCUAUCCGACUCGCGAAACAAGCCAUGAAAAAUCGAAGCUAUCAAUCAAUUUUGACCUUGCACAUCAUCGGACUCGCAUCUUUAUCAAUCAAUAUCCCCGAAAAACCCCAGGGCUUUGAGGUUGGGUGCUUCGACAGUGCUUCGCGACAUAUGAAACGUAUACAGGAAGUAGAAAGAGUUAAUCUAGACAUUGAUCGACGUCAUCGAAGUGAAAUCACAUACUGGUGUGUGGCAUUGACGGAGAACGCGUGUCAAUUGAACCAGCUCCAGAGACUAGCUGAAACAUCACUGUUCUCAGAGAAAAGCCAGGUUUGGACAGUCGUUCGAGAGCGAACGAGCUUGUUUCAUCAAUCUUUUCGGUCCUUACAUGGCAUGAAUGAACCUAUGUCAAAAGAAGUUGUCUCUGCGAUUCUUCAACACGCGACACUGCAUAAAUGCAUGACAUGGUGGAAUAUCAACAAUAUGAAGAGCUACGCAGAAUCUGACGAAAUCCUUGAUGUUCUCUUUCAAACUGCAGCCAGAGACAUGCUCACUUUUCGAGAUGUCUUCUCGCCACUUCUCGAUCUGGCCGGGCGAGACUUUUUGAUCCUAAACCCGAAAGAUCAACUCAGUUAUGGCAAGUGUCAUCUUUCAUAUUGA